AUGAUGCGAGUCGCCGCGCUCCUGCUCUCACUCUCGCCCGAGGUGUACGGGCAGAUCGUAGAGUAUGCCAAGUGGCACCACCCGUCGUCAAUGGACACGAUGGAGUCUAAGGCAAUGGCGUUCAAGAAGUACAUUACGGAGCACAUGGCGACGGCGGAAGAGUUCCGCGGCCCACACAAGUGCGUCAUGGGGAUGGCCGGCCCGUAUCCAUGCAGCAACACCGACCUCGUCGCUCUUGUGACGGACGAGUACCAGGGCGAGGCGUACUUCAAUGACAUUUGGGGCUGGACCGACCCCGUGGACGGCCACGAGUAUGUCAUCCAAGGGAUGAAGUCUGGCACGAACUUCAUCGACAUCUCCACGCCCGAGAUGCCUGUCAUCGUCGGCUACGUGUCUUCGCAGGUCUCGUGCGAGUGCGGCCUCUGGUGCGGCAUCUGGCGCGACAUCCGCACCUUCGGCAACUUCGCGUACAUUGUCUCGGAGAACGAGGGGCACGGCAUCCAGACCGUCGACCUCACCCAACUUCGCGGCCGCAAGGACGCCAUUCUCUCCUACCGCGCGCGCUCACGCAGACUGGCGGAGAAGACCAACGAGGAGCAUCGUAAGCUGUCGACACCGGUCAAGAACGAGUUGGUUGAGGUUUUCGGCAUCUUCGCCGGCAAGAUGCGGAGCAAGGACAAGGCCUCGAUCCGUCGCAACCUGCUCUUCGGCCCGGCACCUGAGCCCCCCUACGACGAGUGCAAGCCCUCGACGCUCGACUUCACCUCGGACUACACCGCCUCCGACGCGCACAAUGUCAUCACCUUCUCGGUCGAGGACCAGGCAGCAGGCGCUCCCCCGGUCGUCAUCACGGUCGGCACCGACAACCACCUCACGGCGCACCCGUACAACCGCGGCCCCAACGGGCAAGGCCCCGGUGACAAGUACGAAGUCGCCGCGAUGGACACGACGCUUAAUGGCGAGAUCUGCGGCGGCGGGCUGGGCAUUUUCGAUGUCGGUGUGGAUCCGGCCAACCCGAAGUACAUUGGCUGCCACGGGACCUCGCACACGCACGACACCCACUGCCUCAUCUACAAGGGCCCGGACGCCGAUCACUACGGCAAGCCAAUCUGCAUCUCGUCCAACGACAACCACAUCGACAUCGUCGACAUGUCCGUCGCCUUUUCACCCAAGUCGAUCUCCAAGCUGUACGGCUGCGGCGGCGUCGCGCGCACCAGCGCUCCGGAGCACUUUCCUCCGGUGACAUGCGACAAAGACGUCCCGUGCCCACCGGGCGGCCCGUGCCAAAACUGGAAACCGUCCUACGUGCACCAGGGUUGGCUCACGACCGACCACAAGUACUUUCUCCUCGACGACGAGACGGACGAGCUCGACGGGUUCCCGUACGAGAUGGGCUACGCGCCCGACAAGAGACUCUCUGUCGAGAUCUUCGACAUGACCGACCUCGACGCACCCUUCCUCAUUGGGUACGACGUGAAGGACUACGACGGCUACAACCACAACAUCUUCACCAAGGGCGAGCUCGUCAUCCGCGCGGACUACGAGCACGGCAUCCAGUUUGAGGAUCAGAACGGCGCGGCGACGGGGAAGCUGGACAAGCUGGGCUUCUUUGACACCGACCCGCCGUACGGGGAGGACCACCCCGGCCUCCCCGUGUUCACGCCUUGCACGGGAGACUCGUGGCUUGAGACGGCCGAAUCGCCCUAUUGGAAUGCGGGUUGCAAGUACACCGCCUCAUGGGGUGGCUCGUGGGGCGUCUACCCCUUCUUCCCCUCGGGCCUGAUCGUGGCGAGCUCCAACAGCGCUGUCUCCGCCGGCACGUUCAUCCUCAACUACACCGGCCCCGCAUCGCCCUCGAUGCGCCGCCGCAAGUAAGUAGUGAGUCGCCCAGAGCCUUCUGCCUCGCUCGCCCUCGGCAUAGCGCCGCACGUAGGCGGUUGCCAGCCACCUGGUGGCUGCUCGUAGGACUAGCGCGUCACUCCCUGGUAUCCGAGAAGUCUCUCGUCGAGGUCAUAGGUCGUAGUACGUCCUGAGGCCACAUCAGCCAAUGGGUGGCCAAUGCCAAUCCCCUGUGUGCCUUGGCAGAGACCGGCAUCUGCUGUGUAGGAGAAUGGGUGGCCAAUGCCAAUCCUGUGUGCCUUGGCAGAGAUCGGCAUAUGCUGUGUAUAAUUGCAGGGUGACUCACCUGCCCCAGUGUAUAUAUGUAUCAACCAGCGCUCCAA